GAACGCUCUACUGCGCAGACAACUUUUACGCGACCACAACCCCCCCAACGAAUAGCCACAUCGCAGAAUCAAGAUGCCGCAUGCAUUCGACAAGUGUAAGGAGCGCCCUGCACAUAUCGACGAGAUCCUCAACGGACUCAAUCGCUAUAACCCGGAGACGACGACCAUCUUCCAAGAAUAUGUGAAUCAACAAUGCGAAGAGAAAUUCUUUGAUACAUACGCCUCGUUGGCUCUCUUGAAACUUUACCAAUUCAACCCUCAAUUGCUCCAUCCCGAAACCGUCACCAACAUUCUAGUCAAGGCACUGACCGUCUUCCCAUCUCCUUCCUUUUCUCUCGCGCUCGCUCUUCUUCCUCCGUCAACGAUACCCUACAACUCCGGCAAUACCUCGAUCCCCACAACAGACCUCACCGAGUCGAUUCAAAAGUUGACCAGACUGAACACACUGCUCGAGUCCGCACAAUACGAUGCAUUUUGGUCAACUUUGGAGUCGGAUGAUCUAUAUGCAGAUCUGUACGCAGACGUUGCAGGGUUCGAGGACCUGAUCCGCAUUCGGAUAGCUGGGGAGGUGGGCAAAACGUUCAGACAAAUCGACCUUGCUGUGUUGAGCGGAUGGUUAGACCUCAGAGGCGAUGCUUUGACAAAGUUUGCUCAGACCGCCUGUGGAUGGAGAGUCAAUGGGUCACAGGUGGACAUUCCUGCAAAUGCAGAAAACGAAGCCAAGAGCGAAAUCAAAGGCGAGAGGGUUGGCGUGGAUAUGUUCGGCCGUGUCUUUAGAAGAGGCUACGAGGCCCCUGCAUGAUCCACACAGACAUGUUUACCUAACGAUAAACGGGUCUGUAAUGGGCUCAUGCAAUGCCGCUGAAAUGCUUGUUUGAAGUGGCUCGAUGCAAAACGUCAGUCAUGACCAAACUCCCAGAAGAGUUGAAGUUCGAGCAAGAUUCGAGGAAGCGUUUGAAACCUCGCAUAUGGUGCACUUGAAGGCGACCUUCACGCUGAGCAUCCAGCGAGCGUGAAAACAACAAGCAGAAACGAAUGUUAAGGUCAUGCCAGGCGCAGUACAUGGAGCUGGCGAAAUCCUCUGAGGUGCAGCCAAACUGGCGAAGAAUUGAAGAAUGCUGUUACGACAUGUCAUUAUCCUCAGUUGUUAAGAGAGUUGCAUAUGCGAAAGCACCGAUCUUGGACUGUUUCACAGUCGAGCCGGAUGAGCAUCACAAUGGGACCUACCUAGGUGGACACCAGGAUUACAAUACCUAUUAGGUAGACUUGAUGCUGUAACUUCAAAACUAGAUUGCCA